AUGACUAGAUCUCGGAUAAAUGGAAAUUUUAUUGAUAAGACCUUUACCAUUGUAGCCAACAUCUUAUUACGAAUAAUUCCGACAACUUCUGGAGAAAGGGAGGCAUUCACUUAUUACAGAGAUGGUAUGUCGGCUCAAUCUGAAGGAAAUUAUGCGGAAGCUUUACAGAAUUAUUAUGAGGCUAUGCGACUGGAAAUUGAUCCCUAUGAUCGAAGUUAUAUACUUUAUAACAUAGGCCUUAUACACACAAGUAACGGAGAACAUACAAAAGCUUUGGAAUACUAUUUUCGGGCACUCGAACGAAAUCCUUUCUUACCUCAAGCUUUUAACAAUAUGGCCGUGAUCUGUCAUUACCGCGGAGAACAGGCCAUUCGACAGGGAGAUUCUGAAAUUGCAGAAUCUUGGUUUGAUAAAGCUUCUGAAUAUUGGAAACAAGCUAUAGCCCUUACCCCAGGUAAUUAUAUUGAAGCACAGAAUUGGUUGAAGAUCACAGGGCGUUUUGAAUAA